AUGUCAUCAAGAUUGGAAUCAGCAAGUCACAAACUCGUCAUCACAAAGGAGAUUUUGGGGUUCUUAAACCUUGGUUGGGUUGCAGGACUUCUACCAUUUCAUCCUGAUUUGCUAGGUUUGGUUCAGCAUUUCCUUCUACUUUUCUUGAUGUGGCCAGACCUUAUUCAUAAAUCCAAAGAUGGAGGAAUUGAUGUCAUUGAGACUUAUGUUUUCUGGAACUUACACGAACCUGUUCGACGCCAGUACAAUUUUGAAGGUAGGGGUGAUUUGGUUGGAUUUGUGAAGGCAGUAGCAGCAGCAGGUCUAUAUGUUCAUCUCCGGAUCGGUCCAUACGCUUGUGCAGAAUGGAAUUACGGUGGUUUCCCUCUUUGGUUGCAUUUUAUUCCGGGAAUUAAGUUCAGAACUGAUAAUGAACCAUUCAAGGCAGAAAUGAAACGGUUUACAGCAAAGAUUGUGGAUUUGAUGAAGCAAGAGAAUCUCUAUGCAUCACAAGGAGGACCUAUCAUUUUAUCUCAGAUUGAAAAUGAGUAUGGAAACGUUGAUAUACACUAUGGUCCUGCUGGUAAAUCUUACAUCAAUUGGGCAGCAUCGAUGGCUACAUCUCUUGAUACAGGUGUUCCCUGGGUUAUGUGCCAGCAAGUAAACGCGCCUGAUCCAAUUAUUAACACAUGCAAUGAAUUGUCGGAUUUUGGCUAUUUUAUUAUUAUGGCUUGUGGAAUCACUGUUUUGCAGCAAAUAGAUAUCAGCUUCAUAUAUCAUAUAAUCCGUGGUCAAGCAACAAUCAAACUGUAUGUGAUCUACAACGUCUUAGAGAGUGAAUUCUAG